AUUUGGCUGGACGAAAAAGGCGGUCCUGCCUUCCGGGUCGCCGCUGCCGGGAAGGGCUGCACGCUGUCCCGGGGGCCGGCGGGCCCGGCGCGCCGACCGCGUCUCGCCUUUCGCGUCCACCUCGCUGCUCCGCAGAGCCGGCUGCCCGCGGCUCUUGCGCGACGCUCCCCGGCCCUGCCGCCUACCCUGGCCGCCCGCGCCCGGAGUCCCGCGGCCCAGCCGGUUCCGCGCGCCCCGCGGCGGCGGAUGGGCAGCAGGGUGGCCGGGCCUGAGCGGCGCGGGCUCCCAGGGCUGCUGGUGGGAUGGAUGCCCUGGAGGAUGCGAUUUGGGCCAACAGCACGGUGGUGCCCCCACCCCUGGCGCCAAAUGUCAGUGUGCCUCAUCGCUGCCUGCUGCUGCUCUACGAAGACAUCGGCACAUCUAGGGUCCGGUACUGGGACCUCUUGCUGCUCGUCCCCAAUGUGCUCUUCUUCAUCUUCCUGCUCUGGAAGCUUCCAUUUGCUCGGGCCAAGAUCCGCAUCACCUCCAGCCCCAUUUUUAUCACCUUCUACAUCCUGGUGUUCGUGGUGGCCCUGGUGGGCAUCGCCCGGGCCGUGGUGUCCAUGACGGUCAGCACCUCGAAUGCCGCCACUGUUGCUGACAAGAUCCUGUGGGAGAUCACCCGGUUCUUCCUGUUGGCCAUCGAGCUGAGUGUGGUCAUCCUGGGCCUUGCCUUUGGUCACCUGGAGAGCAAGUCAAGCAUCAAACGGGUGCUGGCCAUCACCACGGUGCUGUCCCUAGCCUACUCUGUCACGCAGGGGACCCUGGAGAUCCUGUACCCUGAUGCUCAUCUCUCGGCUGAUGACUUCAACAUCUACGGGCACGGGGGCCGCCAGUUCUGGCUGGUCAGCUCCUGCUUCUUCUUCCUGGUUUACUCUCUGGUGGUCAUCCUCCCCAAGACCCCGCUGAAGGAGCGCAUCUCCCUGCCUUCACGGAGGAGCUUCUACGUGUAUGCGGGUAUCCUGGCACUGCUCAACCUGCUGCAGGGGCUGGGCAGCGCUCUGCUGUGCGCCGACGUCAUCGAGGGGCUCUGCUGCGUGGACGCCACCACUUUCCUCUACUUCAGCUUCUUCGCGCCGCUCAUCUAUGUGGCCUUCCUCCGGGGCUUUUUCGGCUCAGAGCCCAAGAUCCUCUUCUCCUACAAAUGCCAAGUGGAUGAGACCGAGGAGCCAGAUAUGCGCCUGCCCCAGCCCUAUGCUGUGGCCCGACGGGAGGGCCAGGAGGCAGUGGGGGCUGCAGGGGCCUCAGCUGCCUGCUACUCGAGCACACAGUUCGAUUUGGCUGGUGGGGUUGCCUACCUGGACGACAUCGCCUCCAUGCCCUGCCAUGCCGGCAGUAUCAACAGCACGGAUAGUGAACGCUGGAAGGCCAUCAAUGCUUGAGAGUGGCCCCUGUCCUGCUGGGCCUGUGGAGGACAGAUCAGAGAGAGGCUAGGGGCCCAGAGUCCCAGGCGGAGGAGGCCGAGGUUGCAGGACCUUUUGCAGGCUGACGCCUGUGCAGGCCCUAUCUACACUCUGAGUCUGGAGGCCCCUUCCUGCCCUCGGGGCCCUUAGUUACCACAGACACUGCUGUUCUAGCUGGGGACCCUCCUCCCCCUUCCACCUACCCUCACCCUCUCAGCAAUGCGGCCCAGUCUUUGACAUCCCAGGGCUAGCUGGCUGAGGGGACUCCUUUCUCCAAAGCCUUGGCACCCAGGACUGGCAUGGCCCUCCUCCCCUUUGUGCCAUCCCCACAGCACUUUGACCUGCUCAAAGCCCACCAUGGUGGAUGGGCUGAAGUGUGUAUAUUUUCUUGAUCUACUUUUUAAUAAAAAAGGAAAUCGGAGCAGAA